CUGAAGAAACUUUCUAAAGUUACCAAGGAGCCAAUUACUCAAUCUCUUCUUCACAAUUCACAAGGAAAGUAUCUAACAUACCAAAAUUGAGAGAUCCGUGUGGAUUCCGUGCGCUGAUCUCUCUUGAUUUCGUCAGAGCAGGACCUCUUCACUGGCUGAGAAACCCAAGAAAAGUCUCAGAAAUUGCAUUCAUAAUUCCGAUCGGAAUUUUUCUUCGAUGCAAGAAUCCUAUAAAUUGGUCAACUUCAUGCCCUUCAUCUAUCAGCGCAGGUCAACUUCAUUCUGUCUCAACCUCCUCAGAUUAGCACCAUAUACAUCAAAAGUUAUAAUGUCAGAACAAAUUUCAUAAUUAUAUGUAAUCUUAUGAGUCCCGACAUUCUCCUCUCCUUCCGCCCCUGCAUUUGGGCGUCUGGCACGGGCGUCUAGCCGGUCUGCUGAUGGUGAAUUGUGCAUUUAGAAAACAGUGAAGCAUCGAACAAUUUCAUUCCUUUGGAAGGCAGACAUCAUCCCAACAAAUCAAGGGGCUUCUUUUAUAGGUUGCAGAAGUUGAGAAGCACUCCAUAGAAAGUUCCUGCAAACAUCUUGGAUCGUUUUCAUAACUUUGUUAGUGAUAACAAAAAGUUUUGACCAGAAGAAAACAAUUCCAUAGAGAGUUGAGUUAAUAAGCCUUGCCCUCCCUGCAUAAAACAAGUGUUUUGUUGCCCAAGAAGUAAUUCUUGUAGUGAGUUUCUCCACAAGCUUGUCACAUUCUUUGUGGCUGAUUCUCGCAGCUGAAAUGGGGCCUCCAAGGUAUCUAAAUGGGAAAUGUCCUUUAGAGUAUGAAUAAUUAUAAACUAAAUCACAGCUGAAGAGUCCGGGCCCCAUAUUUCAAGAUUUGGUCAUUGCCGGAACAAUUUUGAAGCACGUUAGCAAAGAUGCUUCUCUUUUUGAGGAAGGAUUUGUUUUCUUUUGCUUCCCCUGAAUCAUAUUCCUUCUCAUCGCCGGUGUAAAACAAACAGAUAGAAUGAUAGAUAUAUUGACUCUGGCUCCCUUUAUUUCUUCAUUCAAACGGGAGACAAAGAAAUGCUAGGGAUUUCAUAUGGGGAGUUGUUUUUAUUGCUCGGAGCUACUGCCGCUUUAAUUGGACCCAAGGACCUUCCUCUCAUAGCAAGAACAGCUGGAAGGUUAUCUGGUCGCGCUAUUGGCUACGUUCAAAUGGCUCGUGGUCAACUUGACAGUGUCAUGCAGCAAACUCAAGCUCGUCAAGUUUAUUUUUCUUUCUUUCGUUCUUUCCUUUGUUUAGUUGCUCUUCUAUUAGCCUAUAUAAUCGAUCAUCAUUAGAUAUAGAUGGAUUACCCACACAUGUUCUUCCCAUUUCAAAUUAUUGUGUGUAUGUUGAUGAUAUUUUCUCUGAAGGUCCAUAAAGAACUUCAAGAUACAAUUGCUCAAUUAGAAGCCAUACAACAUGAAAUCCGAACCAUUUCUUUCAUCAAUCCUGGUCCAUUAACUACAAGGCUAGUUGAUAACAUAAAAGACCACCGAUCUGCUGCUGCUGCUGCUGGCACUGGUAUCGUGGAAACUGGACCUGCAAAAUCUAAUAGUGAGGGCACACCUGUGACUAUGACUCCCAAGGAUUUUAAUGAUAAGGCCUCAACCUCUUCUGAAAUACACAGCCAAGCAACUGCGUAUGCAAAACUGGCUGAAAUCACAUCAGUGAACACCAAGUCUGAAAAUAGUGAAGCUCUGGAUGAGCUUACUGAUGGAUCUGGUAAUCUUGUACUCCCAGUUUCUGCUAAAAGUGCAGGGCUGUUGCCUGAUCAUACAGCUGAUGCAAAGGGAUCUGACAUUGUCUUAGAAGCUAUUAUCGAGGCAGAUGUGGCACAAAACGCAAAGAAGUUUUUCUCACAACCCCAAGACCAAAUGAAUUGUGAAUAGAGCUGGACUACUGGACAUGCGAUGCACUGCCAGAAUCGGACACUCGGACCUGCGAGCUGCAGCACUGCAGUAUGCCAAGGCGGAGAAGUGAGAACUGAGAAUGACUACGCUGGACGGUCGGGCCUGUUGUGUACUGAACGACCAUGCUGUGAUCUACGGGAGAAGAAGCUAUCGGACAAAACAUAUGCGAAAUUGAGAUGAUUUCUAGGGAAUAAAGUUUUAGGAAAGACGAGGGUGCUAUGCGUUAGCGAAGCAUAACUUUACCAAAAACAAAAGUCCGAUCCAAGCAGAGGAAUGGAUGUCGCAAUUCCCCAAAGUUUCUGCUCUGGGAAGCAGCAGAAAUAGAGACUUGAAUUGAAGUCUCUGUCUGUUCAAGAAUUUAUGAAGCAGGAGAACUUCAUCACAUUUAGGAUCGACGAAUACAAAAUAAUAGUUUAUCUAUGGUAUCCUCCAGUCACCUGUUGGCACUGCCAUCAUCGGUCUACAUGAACUUUAGACUAAGGCCUUUGUUCGGCAAACAAUAAGACCUGCCUUUACAAUCUUUGGGUGGAGGACAUUUUUAUCUUUUGAGCCACUGAAAACUACCUUGAGUUUUGGGUUCGGCUAGCGUUUAUUAGUGUUACCGAAGAAGAGAAAUUUCCUUAGUUACUCUUUUUCCGAUUAACCACCUAGUAUUGGAUAUAGUAACUGCAGCAAUGAAUCAUUGGUCUAAAUUACAAGGGUAAGGAAUGCGUACAUCUUUGUUCUUGACCUCCGGACUCCAAUGGAGUUCGGAUUAUAUUGGUUUUUUUCUUGUUGUUGAAGUGCUAAAAAAGUGAAGUUCUCACA